GAUCUUUCUUGUUGGUAUUACUGCUGUAGCUCUCUUGAAUUGCACACUCUAGCAUCCACACUUCUGCUCUCAGACACACACACGCGAAAGGAAGAAGAAGGGAUGCGAUCGCGUGCUUCUCGUUAUUCUGGCGUGACGGCGGCACUUCUUUUGGUAGUCAGUUUUGCCGUUCUUCCCUUCUCACCGAACCGCAUUCUCGGCUUUGGCGGCGUUCUGCUAGCCGAGGCUGCCGCAAAGACCCGGACCUGUGCAGAGCUGUCCGACCUCUUCAACUACGGCGUCAACAAGUUCCUCUUUGACAGCGGAGGCGAAUCCUACUUCACGGACGGCCAGUAUUUCUGCGCGGACACGGCUCCUGCGCAGUACCGCUGCAACUGCGACCUCUCCACGACGUGCAAAAGGAGUCUCGAUCCGUGGGGGCGUAACAUCGGUGUGUGCGGCUGCUGUCCAGGCUGGAUGAUUGCCUGCUUGACUCUGAUAUGCCUUGUUUUUGGCAUCUGCAUCGUCGGCAUCCUUUAUGGCAUGCUGUUUCAGGGCUGUUGGUGGUGUGACGGGUACGAGAAGCCGACUGGCUCGCUGAUGCCACGACGGGGGCCUGCCGUGACCUGCCCGUCCACGCGACCGCUGCCAGAUAACUUGUUCCGUGGUUACGUGUCCACUGAUUUCACGAACGCAGCCCCCUCGCCCGCAGAGGAGAACGCGGUGCUGUCACCAGCCGGAGGCAGCAUAGGACGCACAGCGGAGGGUGGGGAAAGCAGUUUAAGCGCCUUUAGCGAAGCAGCGAUGACUUCCCAAUGA